UUCAGUCAGGGUUUACUGUUGACAAGCAAACUAUAUCCUGCAAAUUAUACCACGCAGGAGAGUUCAGAGAGCAGGCUACAUUUCACGCAAUUGUGCCAAAGCGUCUUUUCUAAGUCGAUUUUCUAAGCGUCUGGUAAAUUAUUAAAUGUGUCUACGUUGCGAUUAGGCUUGAUUGGGCAGCCAGUGUUUUAAUGAUAUUAUAUGGGCAGUAUUUAGAAUAUUUGUUUCUAAACGUUUGAACUGAGUUUAGCGCAGCCGCGCUCUUCGUUUACCAAAUUUGGCUAUUCAAAAGGAGAGUUGAGAUACUCCAGAAAGUCACUGGACCUUGAUAGACUCAAGAGUAGUUAGACUUGUUGAACAACUUUGAAAAGGUGAGUACGUUGGUAUGAAGAACCUGAAGCGGACGUCCAACCACUGUUAGCAUACACGAUCUGACUUGUGAAUGAAAAUCGCCUGGGGGCUGGAUUAGUAAAGGACAGAGAGUCAGUUUAAUACUUGGCCGAGGUUCUGCCUGUCCACACAUUGUCACAGCCAUGUCACUGGGCACAUUUCACCUGAUGCAGACUUUAAAAAAGUCCCCUGCCGCAUUGAGACGUCGGUUUCACCGCAAUCGCACGGAGAGCUUGUCGCACGGUGACCCUUUAUUCAAAUUGUACUACCUGGGGACCGAGAAAAUUUACUCCCUGGAUAUGGAGCAGGCCCGGGAGGUCAUUGGCCGGCUGCUGGCUGGAGCCCCUGCACCGGGCCUGGGGAAGAUGGCUAAGGACCACGCCCUGGUGGUGCGUCCGCGAUACGUGGAGGUGAAAGAGAUCGCCACGGGCCGACAGCUGACGAAGACCUACCUGAAGGACAUCGCCUACUGUGCGGCCGAUGCGGAGCACCCGAACGUCUUCCUCUACAUCUGCAGGCAGCAGGGCCAGCAGCUGCACUGCCGGGUGUUCUGGUGCAGCCGUGCCGACCGGGCCAAGGAACUGACGGCCUGCUUGGCUCAUUCAUUCCAGAGAGCGCUCAGCGACUGGCAGGACACAACAGCCAGUCACACGCAGGCAGAAGGGUCGGAGGAGGAGGGCUCCAUGAGUGCCCCGCUUCCCGUUCACCUUGCGAAAGGUGGGUCUGUAGAGGACGAGGGGCCGGGCACCUGGCAGUCCUCUGAAAGUGAUCAUGAGGACGGUGAGCAGCACUGACAGCCUUGGGCUCCAACACUAGGCUGGCUCUGAUUGGCUGUAGCUGCUCCACCAGGCCCAACUGGAUCCCCUGGGACUCCAGUGUUGUGGGAAGCCUGGAGAAGGACUGCAGUGAGACUCGGCAGACUGACGCCUGUGAGAGCAGUCUGUGGGAUCCUGAGGGA